AUGGCCGGUGUGAAAGCUGCUGAGCUGAUCGUCAUCUGUUUCAUGCUGCUACAAGGCUUUGUGGCGGCUUUGAACUGCACCAGCCCAACUCCUGCCGCCCUGUUUGAUGAACUCGCAAAACAUUUGUUCUCUAACAAACUGCUGCGUCCCGUCGAAACCUUUGCAAAGCCAAUAAACAUAUCCAUCAGCAUAACAGUGGCAGGAAUUUUAGGAGUGGAUGAAAAAACCCAAACACUGUCUUCAGUCUUAUGGCAGGUCCUGGAGUGGGAUAUCGAAGGACUGAACUGGGAUGAGAAGGAAUGUGCAGCUAAAAGAGUUUCAGUUCCUCGGGACAACCUUUGGGUCCCAGACAUUCAAAUAAAACAGCUCCUGGACGAAGCCAGCUCUACCAAAACUCCCUAUGUCUACUUACAUAAUACAGGUCAUGUAUAUGAUGAUAAGCCCAUCACAGUGGUCACUUCUUGCCAAUUGGGAAUCUACACCUUUCCCUUUGAUAUCCAAAACUGCUCGUUGACCUGCGGAUCAUAUAUACACUUUGCUACGGAUAUUCAGAUGAUUCAAGGCGCCACAGCUGAAAAGGUCCUGAAAGAGUCCCGAGAUGUGAUUGUAACCAAUGGGGAGUGGGAGCUUGCAGAUAUAAAUAUUGCCGAUUCCAGCCUGCAUUUAGACGAUGGAAGCUACUCUGAGAUCACAUACUAUAUCGUGCUAAGACAGAGACCAAUCGUCUAUGUGGUCAACCUCCUGGUCCCCAGCUGUUUCCUAAUCACAGUGGACCUCUUCAGUUUUGUGCUGCCCCCACAGAGCGUGGACAGAUCCUCCUUCAAGAUGACACUCCUCCUGGGCUACACAGUCUUCCUGCUCAUAAUGAAUGACCUGCUGCCUGUUACUGGGGAGAAAACACCGCUCAUCAAUGUUUUCUUCUCCAUCAGUCUGGCGCUGAUGGUUGCCAGCCUGUUGGAGACGCUGUUCAUCACAAACAUUCAGUACAAGCCCAGAGAGUACAGCGCAGUGCCUCACUGGCUCAGUGUCCUCGUGUUACGUUAUCUAGCUGUUCUUGUUUGUAUCCCUCCAAAGGAAAGGAGCAACCGAGUCACAGUCUCCCUCAAUCCAUCUCACAAAGCGCCAUCAGCGAACACAAGCGCCACAAACCUCUCAGACCAUCAGAGCAUCUCAGAUGUUACACUUUCAGCUUCUCUGGACUCUCUGGAGCCAGUUCUGGAACAACUGAGGAUGUUAGGCAGAGAGCUCACAGCCAUCCGAGUUCAGAUGGACAAAUACUGUCAAGGAACCAAAGCCACGCAGGAGUGGGAAAUGAUUGGGACAGUGAUUGAUCGUCUGCUGUUUGGCUUGUACAUCAUCUUCAUUUUUGUGAGCUUUAUCACAAUAAUAAGCAUCUGGAUAUGGAAUAAUUCAUGUGCUACAUGA